AUGGCUGAUGGAAAUGGAGGAAGUGAAGGUUCAAGGGAGCUCGACCAGACUCCAACAUGGGCCGUUUCGUUAGUCUGUUCGAUUAUCAUCCUUAUUUCCAUAUUAUUGGAGAAAACUCUUCACAAAGUUGGAGGGACUUUCUCAAAGAGAAAGAAGUUUUCUUUGCUUCAAGCUCUCGAAAAAAUUAAAUCCGAGCUUAUGAUUCUUGGCUUCAUUUCGUUAAUUUUGACCUUCGGUCAAAACUACAUUACCCGUAUUUGCAUACCCGAGAGAUAUGCCAACACCAUGUUGCCUUGUAACUUGAGGAGGCCACAUUUUCAUGAAGGAGAUCAAGAAAAUCACCACCACACAAUCGAUAAGAGGAGACUAUUAUUAAAGAGAUUGAUUUUAAACGGUAAUGGGGAUGAUCUUCACCGUAGGCUCCUGUGGGACCAGGUGCACAGGAUCUUGGCUGCCGAUCACCCGGCCAAAGAGUGUGAAAGCAUUCGGGAAUGGAAAGAAUGGGAAAGAGAGAGCGAACAUGCGACUAAAUCAUCCAACGAUCCGGAUAAUUUUAGGCUCACGCACGAGACAUCUUUCGUGAAAGGCCACAACAGCCCGUGGGCUAGAAAACCGGUGUUUUUUCACAUUGUCCAUUUGGCUCCGGGAACUAAGUUUAAUUUUCAAAAGUACAUUAAGAGGUCGUUGGAAGACGAUUUCAAAGAGAUUGUCGGAAUACACCCGGUGUUAUGGUUUGCUGCUGUGGUGUAUCUUCUUGUGAACGUCAAAGGAUGGCAAGCUAUGUUCUGGCUCUCGAUUAUGCCUUUAGUGAUAAUUUUAUCAGUCGGGACUAAGCUGCAAUCGAUCAUAACUAAAAUGGCAAUCGAGAUACAAGAAAGGCACGUUAUUGUUCAAGGGAUACCACUCGUCCAAGUAUCCGACAGCCAUUUUUGGUUCCACUGGCCUGAGUUCAUUCUUUAUCUCAUUCAUCUUACGCUCUUUCAGAAUGCGUUCGAGAUAACGUAUUUCAUUUGGAUAACGUACGAAUUCGGGUUGUAUUCGUGCUUUCACAGCUAUUUCAUUCUUGCCGUUGUCAGAGUCGCGCUCGGGAUAGGUGUUCAGUUUUUGUGCAGUUACAUUACCCUUCCACUUUAUGCACUUGUUACACAAAUGGGUACUCACAUGAAAACAGCGAUUUUCGACGAACAAACCACAAGGGCACUCAAGAAAUGGCACAAGCAAGCUAAGAAGAAAACGGAUUCACGUUCAAGAACAUCGGACGAGAUCAACAACAUUAAUCAAGAAUCCGUUAAGAGGUCUCCCGACAAGGAAGCCGAAGAGUUAAGCAUUGAGAUGGAUGACGAAGGGCCAAAAAAAGUCGAUUUUCGAGGAGAAAAUAGAGGUUCAAGGAAAAAAACUGGUGAAUAUGAUCUGCUAACAGGCCCCUCAUGACUAAGGCAAAAAAUAUUGGCAUUUUGAUGAGUAUAGGUUGAAGCCACAUUCUUGCUGCCAGUGGGUCUUGUGUUAUGCUGUGUAAUGGUUAGACAAUCGUAAUUUUUUUUUCAACAAAUGUACAUACUUUUGUACUCAAUUGUCACGUU